AUGACCCUCGACCGAGACAUCGAGAUGAACAGGCUGGGCCUGACGACCAGCCUAGCAGAAGGCAGCAGCUACAGCGCGCGGGGGCCGAGCCGCACCUCCGGCGCCGACCGCUCCCGGGAAGUGGUCAAGGGCGCACUGGGUCGCUGGGUUGACACCUUUCGCCGCGAAGACGGCACUGGGAAAGAUGGCCCCGGCGGCGGCGAAGACAUCGAGUUUCGCGUCACCGACGCUGACACCUCCCCCGUCUCCGUCAGGGGCCCCAGCUUCGGAGCCCCGGCCGCCUCGGCCACGGGCGUCAGCGUCGUCCGUGACCACCAAGGCGGACGCUACUACGACCUGCGUUCGGCCAACAACAAGACGGCGAGUUCCCUGCUGUCUCGCGAGCUCAAGGGCCGGCAUCUGCAGAUGAUUGCCAUUGGAGGUUCCAUUGGCACCGGUCUCUUUGUUGCCUCCGGCAAGGCUCUCAGCGAGGGCGGGCCCGCCUCGGUCUUGCUAGCCUACAUAUUUGUCGGCGUCAUGCUGUUUUGCACCGUGCAGGCUCUCGGAGAACUCGCCGUCCUCUUUCCCGUGGCUGGUUCCUUCUCGGCCUUUUCCACCCGGUUCCUGGACCCCUCGUGGGGGUUUGCUAUGGGCUGGAACUACGCGCUACAAUGGGUCGUCGUUCUCCCAUUGGAGAUCAUCGCGGGCGCUGCAACAAUAAGCUAUUGGAACCCAGACUUGAACAAGGCCAUCUUCGUGACUGUCUUUUUGGUCGUGAUUGUUGUCAUCAAUCUCUUUGGCGUCAAAGGUUACGGCGAGGCCGAGUUUGUCUUUGCCAUUAUCAAAGUUACUGCUGUGAUAGGGUUCAUCCUUCUCGGUAUUGUUAUCAACAUAGGGGGCACGCCUACCGGGGGCUACAUAGGAGGCAAGUACUGGAAAGACCCGGGAGCCUUUAACAACGGCUUCAAAGGGCUUUGCAGCGUCUUUGUGACGGCAGCGUUCGCGUUCGCUGGUACCGAGCUUGUCGGUCUCGCGGCGGCAGAGACGGCAAACCCGCGCAAGUCCCUACCAAGAGCUAUAAAGCAGGUGUUCUGGCGCAUUACCCUUUUCUACAUCGUCGCCCUCACGCUUGUCGGCUUGCUCGUGCCUUACAACGACCCACGUUUAUUAGGCGCUACCAGCAUAGCCGACUCAUCUGCUAGCCCUUUCGUCAUUGCCAUCGAGAGUGCCGGCGCCACGAUCCUCCCAAGUGUCAUGAACGGCGUCAUCCUCGUGUCCGUCAUCAGUGUAGGCAACUCGUCCGUAUUCGGUUCGUCACGGACACUCGCGGCCCUCGCCGAGCAAGGCCAGGCGCCAAAGAUCCUUGCCUACGUCGACCGCAACGGCCGGCCUCUCAUAGCUAUUCUGGCUGCAUCGAGUGUCGGGCUGCUCGCCUACCUAUCUGACGUGAAGGCCCAGUCGACAGUCUUUGACUGGCUCUUGGCCAUCAGCGGUCUCAGCACCAUCUUCACGUGGGCCAGCACGUGUCUAGCCCACAUCCGGCUGCGCCAGGCCUGGAGCCACCGCAACCGCUCGCUUAGCGACAUGGCAUUCCGUGCGCAGGCCGGCGUGGUCGGUUCCUGGAUUGGGCUCGGCAUCAACGUCCUGAUCUUGAUCGCCCAGAUAUGGGUCGCAGUUUCCCCCAUCCGAGAUGCGACCGACGGCCCAAGCUCGGCUGCCGACAUGGCCGAGAACUUUUUCCUGCAAUGCAUGGCAGUCCCCGUCGUGCUCGUCUUCUACAUUGGGCACAAGCUCUGGUACAAGACAUCUCCCGCCCGCGUCGAGGAUAUGGAUAUCGACACGGGCCGCCGCGACUUUGGCCGCCUUGGCAUCAUCAAGGCCCAGGAGGAGGAGGAGCGUCAGCUAUGGCCACAGUGGAAGAGAAUAUAUAGAUCAGUGUGUUGA